AUGACCAGUGUUCCACCACCUUAUUCGACGCGAGAACAUGCUCAAGUUCAACCAGGAUCAUCAGUAUCGACAGGAUCCACAACCCAAUCUCAUGAAUUCCAAGAAACCACUUCAGUGUGCUUAGAAUGGAAGUUGACAGGUCUGAAGACUAUGUAUGAAAGUACGAGGGGUGAACAGAAAUCAAAAUGUAUCAAAUCUGCAGUAUUUGGAGAUGCAGAUAGCCUGUGGGAAGUCCUUUGGUAUCCGAAUGCAGGGACGUCAACCCAAACUGCUGGUGAUCACGUUAGCUUGUAUCUCUCCUGCGUUCCAACUGCACAAGAGCGUGAUUCGUCAAUACAGAAUAAAUGGGUUAGAAAAGGAUUAUGGUGGUUCAAAUUUGAGAUCCGACCAAUACCAUUUGAUGCAAGAUCAACGACGAAUAACCGACACGAUAUAUUAGCAUCGAAAGAUGCAUCUGAUCAUACUUUUGCGGUGAAGACAGCUAAUUGGGGAUGGCAAGCUUUUGCUAAACGUGAUUCAUUAUUCCAACACCCGCAAGUCUUAUCAACGGAUAGUUUCAUGAUUGUAUGUACUAUUCAAGCUCAACCUCAGCCACCGGCAGGACUUUGGUUAGGUGUGGGAUUACAACCUUCUCAACAAGGUUUGAUCAAUCCGAACGGAGGGAACGUAGGUAGUGGAGGUGGUCUAAGUGCAUGGGCAAGUUCAGAUGGUUCUGCAGGUGGUGUAGCUGGUGGAACAGCUGCUGCAGGUGGUGUUAAAAGGGUCGUCCCGAAAGAUCUUAUCUCAAGCGUAGGAUCUAUGUUGGAUGAUCCAUUAUACUCCGAUGUGGAAUUCGUUAUACCCGCUCGAAGAGGAUCAGGAUCUGCACCUCGACGAAUAUACGCAAACAAGAAGCUAUUAAAUAGAUGUGACUAUUUUGAAGCUAUGUUCAAUGGUGGAUUCAAAGAAGUGGAAGGAGUAUAUGAAGAGGACGAAUCAGAUGACGAUCUUGAAAUACUCUCAGAUUCAGAUAUGGAUGAUGAAUCUUCAGUCUCACAAGCAUCAUUCGAUGAUCAGGAGCAUGAACGUGGUAAUGGCAGAUUAUCACCUGAUUUACAUUUGACCACUACAACCAGUAGAAAUUCAUCACCUAGAAGACAAUCAACUUCUGCCGAUAGACCCUUGCUGGCUGAACCUAGAGAAGAUGUGUCAACAACGACCUCAUCUGAAAAUGGAACUUCCACAAGUGAGACGAAAGAUGAACAAUCCGGAGAAGUCGGUGACAUUACAGUUGAAUCUAUGAAGGAGGUACUGUCGAAGAAAGGAACGAAGAAUCCAGCCAACGCAAAUGAAACGAAGUCGAACACGAGUACAAGAGGUGCUAAACUCACUUCUUCAGGAGCAGGGACUGCGAGAUCGAUAGGUCCAAAGAAGACUAGAGUGGUUAUACGGGAUGCAGCCUGGAGUACAUGGUGGGCGGUGUUGUAUUGGAUCUAUACCGAUAUAAUCUAUUUCGCACCUCUAACAUCAUCAUUCGAGCAUCAAUUACCUCGACGACCUUCCAAUAUCCCAAGUAAUGCUACUAACAGCACUACGAACGUAGCUGAAUCGACCGAGCCCAAAACUAGAAAGGAAUGGAUACAUAGAUGGAUGAUCGAACAUGAAAUUGAUUCACGCUCUUCGUUCUCGGGUCAUCAUACUGAACGUCGGAAUGGCGAUGAUGAUGAUGAUGACGAUGAUGAGGGCGAUUUGGUUAUUGGACCAAGACCAGUGUCAGCGAAAGCGAUAUAUAGAUUGGCGGAUAAAUUGGAUUUACCUUCUUUGAAGUUAAGAGCUUUCCAACAUAUCUGUGCGGGUCUAACGGCCGGAAACGUUCCUGCAGAAGUUUUCAGUAGGUUCAGUAGUACCUACGAAGAUGUAAGAAAGGUUCAAGUCGCAUUCUUCCUCAAACAUUGGUCGGAGAUCAAGAAAUCAGAGACAAUGACGCAGAUCUGGCAACAGAUCAGAAAUGGCAAACAUGUUGGAUUUGAAGAGGUCUGGCCCUUGAUUGUCGGUCAAUUGGAUUUCAGACCGUCUUAG